GCCACUCAUCUCAGCUGAUGAGUCUGGAGUAGAAGAUCUGCACUCCAGCCCUUGAUCUCCCCACCUUCUGACACAUUGGAUUGGUCCACCACCAAGACUCCUCCUCCCAGAAGACCCCAGUAAUCACCACACACCAGUAUAUCUGCAACCAAGACUCUCAGUCAUGGCGGCUGGUAGUUGUGACCAGUUCGCCCUGGUGCCUUUAUCAUCGCCAGCAGCAGUGGGCAGAUCCAGACCGUACCAAGGGGUUCGAGUCAGGGACCCUGUCAAAGAGCUGCUGAGGAGGAAGAGGAGCCUGGAGCUCCACAGCAACAAGACGCCACCUCUUACUGCAGAUGUGGUCGCCCACAACAACCAGUCAUCAUUUACCCCAGGCAUCUUUGGCUCUGAUGUUGCCAGCGGUUCUGCAGCUGAGCCGUCGGCUGCAGCUGGUGAUGGAGGGCUGCAGUGUUCGGGGUGGAAAGCUGCACCUUCUGUCUCCAGCGCUGCACUGCAGCCGGCUGUGAUGCCCUGGUCUUCGUCUGACUACAACCAGCAGGACCAGUCAGCUCAGACUCUGGCCUACCCAGCCACCCCUACUCUCACUGCUGAUGUGUACAUGCAGACUCUGUGUCCCAGUUACACCAUGCUGACCUACACACACACACCACUGCUGACAAACUUUGGGACCAUACCGGUGGCCCCGGCCCCAGGCUCUCUCCCUCAGAUGGAGCUCCCAGACUCAGGGUUGACCUACCUUCCCUGGGCCCAGCCCCUCACCACCAUAUCCACCAUGCCCAACCCAGGGGUCCAGUUUGCCCCAGGGUCUGCAGCCCUGCCCGGGUCACCUCUGGUCCACAUGCCUUUGUCCAUGUCUUUGACCACCAUGUUCCCUCAGCUGGAGGCCCAGGGUGCGGAACCUCAGCCGCAGAUCCUGGAACUCCCAGAGCAUGCAGACCACCAGCUGGACCCUGAACCACAGGGUCAGUCUCUGAAUGAAGAUCCAGAGGUGGAGUCGGAGUCACCAAACCUGUUGGAUAAACUGCUGGAGGAUCACAAGGAGCAUGGUGAGGAGGAGGAGAAAGACUCAUACAGCAGCUCAAUCUUCAUACCCAGUGUUUGAAACCAUAAGUGUUCAUUUUAUCUGUAAAGAUUAUGUUUGUGUCUUUUUAUCUCAGGGGUCAUGUUCUUACAGAUCUUUCUUGCAUAAGUUUUGACUUGAUAAAUUCUAAUGUUUUUUCUAUACACAUUGCUGACAAAGUGUAUAUCGAUGAGUUACUGUAAUUCUAGUUGAUUUGAACCUGAAUUUUAUUUUACGAUAGUAACUUCCAAAAGCAAUUCCAGAUCAUUUUAUUGAUACAAAUCUUCAUAGUAAUUUUCCCAAAGAGACAGUUUGUAGCUCCUGGUGUGACAUUUAUAUUGUGGGGAUUUGAUUCAUUACAGAUUUACUCAGUCAUUUGUGAUUUAAAAUCUAGCCUUAACAACUUUAAGGCCUCAAAUGAUACUUUCCUCAUGUGCUACACCGUCUGAAGGAAUUUUGUGUUUAAUCAUAAGUUAUGACCAAAAAACUGAUUUGAGGUAGUAAAUACUGGUUUAGUUUUUGGCAUGCUGGGUGAAAUGGGUUAGAAGAGUGUAGGGGGAGGUCAGUAGGACACAACACGUCACUUUUUUUGGGUACACUCUAGCUUAAGUUCUCUUAUUUAGCAUUCACAAGCAGUUAACAUUUAAUAAAUUAUUUAGAUCAAAGUAUAAUGUAGUUGUAAGCAGACAGGAGGACAUUUCUAAACAUUAGUGACUACCUUUACAAAAGUAAGAACAAAGUUGGAAGAAACUAGAUUUAUUUGUUAAUGUUAAUAGUUAAACCUGUUCCUUUUUUUUUUACUGUUCUUGCAAUGACAGCAAAUGUGUAAUGUUAUAGAUUUUUUUUAAUGAAUAAUGUGCUUAAAUAAAGCCAAAUACAGGGUAUUUUUGAUUUGUUCAUUUAUUUAUUUUUUCUGAAAUUGCAAUUUAGUUUUCUGCCACACUGACGUGUUGCAACUUCAUGUAGAUUUUUUAUUGUAAGCCAUGUUAAAGUAUUGAAUGUGUUGAGGCAGUUUUUGAACUUGGGACUUUGCUUUUCUCAGCCCACACCAGUGUUCUCCAACCACCGGGUUGUGGACCAGUAUGGGGCUGUGGGUUGUUUGGUACAGGGACACACAGAAAGGAUAAAUACUUUUUAUUUAUAUUUUACUUCUGGCGAAGUGUACAGGGUGUUUUAUUUUGAAAAUCUACUAGAUUGUCUUCAUUCAUGUCAGGUUUCAUGAAGCUGAUAAAUGAAGCAGUCAAUCUGGAAAAAUUUAUAAAAAACCCAAACAUCUCUGGAGCACUCCUUUGAAAUGAAAGAGAGACUCGAUGCUGAGACAAAACAAAAAGUAAAGAUAUACUUAGCAAUAAAAAGUAAUUUCAUUUGUUGAGAACGAGCACGCACGCACGCACGCACGCACGCACGCACGCACGCACGCACGCACGCACACACAAAGAUUGCUUUUUGCUAUGUGCACAAUGACUGGUCUGUAGAAAACUGUCUUCCUUGAAGCUGUCCAUUUUACAAAAAAGGUUGGAGACCAAAGAUCAACACUACCGUUCAAAAGUUUGGGGUCACCCAGACAAUUUCAUAUUUUCCAUGAAAACUCACACUUUUAUUCAUGUGCUACCAUAAUUGCACAAGGGUUUUCUCAUCAUCAAUUAGUCUUUCAACACCAUUAGCUAACACAAUGUAGCAUUAGAACACAGGAGUGAUGGUUGCUGGAAAUGUUCCUCUGUACCUCUAUGGAGAUAUUCCAUUAAAAAUCAGCUGUUUCCAGCUAGAAUAGUCAUUUACCACAUUAACAAUGUCUAGACUGGAUUUAUGAUCCAUUUAAUGUUAUCUCCAUUUAAAAAAAUGUUUUUCUUUCAAAAAGUAAGGACAUAUCUAUGUGACCCCACACUUUUGAACAGUAGUGUAUAUUCCAUUUGCAGCUGUUCUUUGUUUUUUUUUUGUUUUUUGUUUUUCUUUUUUAGCAAAACGACCAUUAAACACAAGGAAAACCUCA